UCGGUCCAUUCUUUAUUGGUUUAAACGCAAAUUUUGUACCUUGCAGAUAAGAAACUUUGUAUAAAACCAGAUUACGAUUUUCAAAUAGUCUUUGAAUUGGCGAAAGACUUGGCACACUUUAAAAUUCGUCAUAUAGCUGUGCUUAUAAGUAUAUUAUCCAUAGAAUUACCAACAACUAUUCUAUGAUAUUAUCAAAUGGUUAAUUAGUACAUGAACAUCGAUAUGUUUGUAGCAAUACGUCCGCGUAAAGGUAUGGCAGAACUGAUAGUAUUAUUCAUACUGUUAACUCCAACAUUGUGUCAAAAACAGUUACCACCCGACGCGGUCAAGGCGUGGGAUAGCAUAGCGAUGAUCUACAACGAUAUCUGCAUACAGGAAACUAACAUAGAUCCAAGAGUGCCUGAAAUAAUGUUUAAGGAAUUGCCCAUGCCCGAGGAAAAGGAGUUUCACUGUUACCUUAAGUGUUCUCAGGAACGACUAGGGUUUAUGUCGCCUAGUGGGGAAUUUAAUAUCGCAGUAAUCUUGGAUCAAGUUCAUUUCAUGACUGAGGAACUUGUGACUCGAUGUGCUGAAGUAUCCUAUCAAGAACUUGAGCUUUGCAAAAGGUCCUACGCGCUUUUUAAGUGUCUCGUUCUUGGUGUUGCCGAAUAGCUGUGGUCUUUCCUAUUAACGGACUAGACAGAGUUGUUGCAAGAGUGAGGUGCCGGU